GGGGACGCCAGGACAGGGCGGGAUGCAGGGAGGGGAGGGAUUUUGCACGGGGUUGGGGGGCCGUGAUUCAGAGACCCAGUACUUCGGGCCGGGCACCCGGCUCCUGGUGCUAGGUGAGCGUGGGCAGCGCGGCUGGGGUUUCGUGGGUAGUCCCAGGGCUGUGUUCUGCAGGUGCCGCCCAGAGCUUUGGGGCUGGCAGGCAGCCGACUGUGCGGAGGACCUGCAGCAGGUGAGACCACCCAAGGUGGCCGUGUUUGAACCAUCGGAAGCGGAGAUCUCCCGGACCCAGAAGGCCACCCUCGUGUGCCUGGCCACAGGCUUCUACCCCGACCACGUGGAGCUGAGCUGGUGGGUGAACGGGAAGCAGGUCCAGAGCGGGGUCAGCACGGACCUUCAGCCCUACAGGGAGGACCCCAGCCGCAAUGACUCCAGCUACUGUCUGAGCAGCCGGCUGAGGGUCACCGCCGCCUUCUGGCACAACCCCCGCAACCACUUCCGCUGCCAAGUCCAGUUCUAUGGGCUCACGGAGGACGACGAGUGGGAGUACAACUGGACCAAGCCCAUCACCCAGAACAUCAGUGCGGAGGCCUGGGGCAAAGCAGCGUCCUAUCAACAAGGGGUCCUGUCCGCCACCCUCCUCUAUGAGAUCCUGCUGGGGAAGGCCGCCCUGUACGCUGUGCUGGUCAGCGCCCUGGUGCUGAUGGCCACGGUCAAGAGAAAGGGUGCCUGAAGCCGGCUCUGACGUGGAGCCAGGAGCUUCCAGCCUGCUGUGGGCCUGGGGUGACUCUCCUCUUUCCAUUCCUCCCAGUGCUUCUGAGGAGCUGCUCCCAUCUCUCUCCUCAUCCUCGGCUCUCCCCCAUGGGCAGGCACCCCUGCCCACUCCUGACUGCCAUCUCCCUAGCCCAGGGGGGACCCCAGCCUGCCUGAGCUGACCCAACCAAUAAAAACAGCCUGUUCUGCCCGGA